GUUGGUGUUCCUGUAAUGGGGGUGAGUCAUGAUGCCUUUGAGGACUCGGAGAAAAGUUGCUCAGGAGGUGCCUCUCAGGGCGUCAGUAACACGAGGUGCAUCUGCAGAGAAUCGUAAGGAGCCCUUCAUUAAAUCCUCACUUGGACAGAUGGCCUUUUCUGAAACAGUUUGUAAAGAGGGAUCAGUCAUGUAGUCAUGAGUGAUCUGCUGCUUGUUGUUUUAUGAAACUUUUAUGGUAAAGUAUGAAGAUGGAGGCCAGUUAGAAGAGUUUGAGGUGAACAGGCUUUUAUGCUGCAACAACACUAAGCCAACAAAAUAACAACAGCAACAAUAAAACUGUGAUAAAUACAUUGAAUAAAAGAAGAUAAAGAGUUGCAACAAAAGCAGAUAUUCUUAUGAGCCUGAAUAUGUACAUGUGCUGACAGUGGGCUUUGAGAAACAAACUUUAAAUAACUUGACAAAAUGAUUCUGCUCCUGAAUCCCAAAACCCAAGUAUGAUGUUGACUUUGUCUCACGAGGAUUUCUUGACUUGUUAAGUAAAAGAAAACCCCUCCUCCCACCCACACACAGGUGCUCGACUGGCUGUCAGAUGUGCAGACAGGCAGCAGAGACAGGAUGAGUCUGAGAAGAAGACCACCUCUCACAUAAUACGAUGGAAAUGUCGCUGAAACAAUCAACUCUGGUGUUACUCACAGUGGCAGUAGCAGUCAUGGUGAUAUCAGCUCAAGUUACCAUCAGUCUGGAUGAAAAGGAGAAAAGACAGGAAGUUCCUUUUGGUUCCAAUCUGACUUUGUUCUGCAAUUUGAGAGUUGAAGAACAAGGGAGAUUUUGGGUGUUCUUGUGUUUUAACCGCUCUGAACCCAGAUUCAAUAAUGUCACAGAGGAACUCGCCUCCAAGGUCCUUAACAAAUCCACAAAUACCUCCACUGGGGCAUCCAUCAAAACAAAGCAGGACUUAAAGGAAGACACUGAGGAGACUUUGCUGAAAUACUUUUUACCAAAUGUUACACACAAUAACAGCGGAUGGUACUUUUGCAUGAUCCAAAAAGUGAUUCCAAAUUUAGGAGAGAAAAUCGUGAGAAACGCAGUAGAAGUGGUUAUUGUGAUGAACGAAAUGGAACAUACAACAUACAAGUCACAAGUCACUGUGUCUCCCAUCGAAUCGAUUGACAAAUGGUGGAUGUGGAUUGUGUUGGGAGUAUCAAUUGUCGUUCUGAUAGUCCUCCUCAUCAUAUGUGUCUUAAUGACAAGAAGACUACGUGGAAGAAGAGCUUCAGAGUGUCCUGUCUAUGCAAACAUGCGUCCUACACCUUCCCCCAGGCCAGGGAUGCCGGCGGCUAACCUGAAGACGGUUUCUUCUUCUCCAAACCUCCGGACCCCGAGUCCCAGCGGGAGAUACGAGGAAAGCAAGCGGAAACGGAAACAGUGAAGAGGAUGGACAUCACACAUAUCAGCUCCUCAUAUUUAUUCGUAGAUGCUGUUAAUGCAGUGAAAUAUAGCCAAUAUAUGUAUUUUUUUUUUACUUUUCAGGCAUGUUCAGUAAAAUAGCUAUAGUGAGCCGCUAGAUGGCAGGCGAUGGGUGCUGUAAAUUGGUAAAAUUUAAACCGUUUCAUGUUUUGCCUUUUUAAAAAUAUGUUUCAACAGCUUUUCAUAUUUCAUUAUUUUGCUAAUAUACCGUCUGUGUAGAAAAUAAGUGGUAAAUUGUUAUUUAGUGACAUGGAUUGUAGUGAUGGGACUGAAUGGAUGUUUUUUUAUCAACAGUGUACAGUUUGUAUUAAAUGUUCAGAUGCUGAAAAUGCGGUUUUUACUGUGUAACUUGUAAUAUAUUGAAUUUUACAUUUGUAUUAAGCAUAUACACAUCAAACACA